UCGAGCCACUGCCACAGUGGAAAUUCCCGAGAAAAGCUACCGGAUGUUGUGCAGCGUGACUUCCGUUUUUGGUGUUGGAGGCCCCAACUUGUCUCCAGAUCGGUAACCUGGGAAAGCAGUAAGGACCACGCGGCCAGUGCAUCUGCUGCGUUCUCUCCCAUACUGCUGCCUGCUAUCUCUGACGAAAGUCAUCAUGCCCCGGGGUCAAAAGAGUAAGCAGCGGGCCCGAGAGAAGCGCCGCCAGGCCCAGACCAAAGGAGAAGAAUCAAAGGAUGGGGAGCAUGCACAAGCCACCAUAGUAGAAAAAGGAGAGUCACUCUCUUUCUCAGCUUCCAAUACCAAAUAUAGUAUCCAAGGGCCACCUGCUGCUAGAGCACCUGGCACUGAGCAAGAGCCUGAAAGAGCCACUGGUGCUGUUGCAGCUGGUUCACACACCAGCAGCCAAUUUGGAGGAAAGCCAAAUGCCCAAGGUGCUGCUAAGCACUUCCAAGGGGGCCCUCUAGCAGAGAAGGUUGCCAUGCUGGUUCAUUACCUGCUCAUAAAGUAUCAGCUGAAAGAGUCUGUUACCAAGUCUGACAUGCUGAAAAAUGUAGUCCAGACAUACAAGAAUCACUUCCCUGAGAUCCUGAAGAAAGCCUCGGAACGCCUGGAGCUGGUGUUUGGCCUUGAUCUUAAAGAAGUGGAUCACAACAGAAGCAUUUAUGUCCUGGUCAAUAAAUUGGAGGCCAACUGCAACACAACAGUGAAUGAGAACAGUGGUGUGCCGAAGACAGGCCUGCUGAUGAUUAUCUUGGGUGUGAUCUUCACCAAGGGCAACUGCGCCGCUGAAGAGCAAGUCUGGGAUGUGCUGAGUAUGAUGGGAAUAUAUAAAGAUAGCAUUCACUUCAUUUUUGGGGAUCCGAAGAAGCUCGUUACUGAAGAUUUGGUGCAGGCCAAGUACCUGGAAUACCGCCAGGUGCCUGAUAGUGAUCCUCCACGCUAUGAGUUGCUGUGGGGCCCAAGAUCUUAUGCUGAAACCACCAAGAUGAGAGUCCUUGAGUUUUUGGCCAAGAUCCAUGAUACCGUGCCCAGUUCCUUCCCAACCUGGUACGAAGAGGCACUGAGAGAUGAGGAAGAGCGAGCCCAAGCCCGAGUUGCAGCCAGGGCUCGCAUUAGUGCCAUAGCCAGUGCCCGUUCCAAGGCCUUGUCCAGCAACUUGUGUCCCAAGAGGAUUUGGGUCUCAGGCCGAGCAGAUGAAAGAGUCCGGAGCUUGAAGAAGAGCCAAGGUCGCCUGCUUUUUUGUCUGCUACUGCUGAACGAACUCAUCAUGCCUAGGGGGCAGAAGAGCAAACUCCGAGCCCGGGAAAAACGCCGUCAGCUCCCAAAAGAUCCUGAAAAUCUGGUGGGUGCUCAAGCCCCUGUAUCAAAGGAAUCUGAAUCUUCUCCCUCCUCAUCUCAUUCCAAGGAUGGGCCCCAGAAUUCACGUACUGAGCCACGCAGCGAUCUCCAAGAUCCUAAGCCAGUCACAUCCACCACCACGACUGCUGAAGCUGUUCCAGCCAAAGGAUCAGACGAAGGCACCAGAAAACCAGGAUCCACACAAAGCCAGUCAGCCACAAACAAAUUCCCCAAUGGCCCUCUAGAUGAGAGGAUAAUUAUGCUAGUGCAUUAUCUGCUGUACAAGUAUCAAAUGAAACAGCCUGUUUGGAAGGCAGAAAUGCUGAAAAAUAUAAUCCAAACAUACAGAAGCCAGUUCAGUGAGAUCCUGAGAAAAGCAUCUGAGCACCUGGAGCUGAUUUUUGGCCUUGACCUGAAGGAAGUGGAUCCCAACAAGCACAUCUACGUGCUUGUCGACAAAUUGGAAUCAAAUUGUGAUGGGAGGCUGGGUGAUGACAUAGGUGUCCCCAAGACUGGCCUGCUGAUGACAAUCUUGGGUGUGAUCUUUACAAACAGCAAUUGUGCCGCUGAAGAGAAAGUCUGGCAAGUGUUAAACAUGAUGGGGCUGUAUGAAAAGAGCGAGCACUUUGUCUUUGGGAAUGUUAGGAAGCUCAUCACCCAGGACUUCGUGGCAGAUAAGUACCUGGAAUACCGCCAGGUGCCUGAUAGUGAUCCUCCACGUUAUGAGUUUCUGUGGGGUUCAAGGGCUCAUGCUGAAACCAGCAAAAUGAAAGUCCUUGAGUUUUUGUCUAAGAUCCACGAUACAGUGCCCAGUGCCUUCCCAGAUUGGUAUGAAGAGGCACUGAGAGAUGAGGAAGAGCGAGCCCAAGCCCGAGCUGCAGCCAGGGCUCGCAAUAGUGCCAUGGCCAGUGCCCGUUCUGCAGCCGUGUCUAAGGGCACCUCUCAUUUCCAAUAAAGUCUGAAAGAAUCUUCACUUUG